GAGAGGGGGAGAGGAGGAGAGAUAAAGCUGAAGGUGAGUGUGAAACGGAGCUCUAACUUUACUGAGCCAAGCUGGCUUCUGUAUGUUGCUGCAGGAGCAACGCUGACGACGUGAAAGGCCUGAAGCUUCAAUCCAGUCUGGACUUCUGACUCAGCACACUUGGCUGAUGGCCACUCCUGCCCUGGUGUGAGGGACCGGACGCCACCACUUAUUCCGCGCAUUUAUGGACUUCCUGUCAGUCGUAGUAAGCCAGCUGAGGAGUCCCUGAAUCGUUUAAUCUCCAAAGAGAUGAGACAAAGCCCUGGCUGAUGUUUUCUUUCCAGGUGAAAUUAUGACCCUGCUGGUAAAGUGAGGUGCGCGCCAAGAAGAGUCUCGCUAAAGAGCUGUGGUGACCAUUCUGCAGUAGAAACGCGAAGAAAAAAAAGAUGUCUUGUCUGUCAUUUACCCCUGCACUCUACCUUGAUGCCCACUCCGUCUUUGUCGUUGGACUGCUGCUGCUCGUCCACCGGGGGCCCUCCGAGGUCAGCUGCCAGAAUGACACGGAGCCGAUCGUGUUGGAGGGAAAGUGUCUGGUGGUGUGCGACUCCACCCCGUCGGCGGAGCCGUCAGGUAAUGCCCUGGGCAUGUCAGUGAGGUCAGGAACUGGGCGGGUGGCAUUUUCGGCCAUUCGUAACACCAACCACGAACCCUCAGAGAUGAGCAACCGAACCAUGACCAUCUACUUUGACCAGAUCAUAGUGAACGUUGGCAGCCAUUUCGAUCCAGCAACAAGCAUCUUUGUGGCACCCAGAAAAGGAGUCUACAGUUUCAGCUUUCAUGUUGUCAAAGUUUACAACCGGCAGACGAUACAAGUGAGUUUGGUUCUCAACGGCUGGCCUGUGAUCUCAGCCUUCGCGGGCGACCAGGAUGUGACCAGGGAAGCUGCCACCAAUGCGGGUCUGGUGAUUAUGGAGAGGGGGGACAAGGCUUACCUCAAACUGGAGCGGGGGAACCUAAUGGGAGGGUGGAAGUACUCCACCUUCUCUGGGUUUCUGGUGUUCCCGUUGUAGGGUUGACUGAGGUAGGAUUAUGAGAGCUGGUGUUCUGACCAUAGUCACAGGUGUGGAGGGGAGGGCGGGUGUUACAUAAAGAGUUCUUUGUUACUUUCACAGCCAUCAACACGAAGGAAGAGGAAUUAACUGAUACAUUGAACUGCACUGACGCAUCUUGAUGUGUAUCGAUGAAUUGGUGAAUUCACCUUGCACCAAAUAAUCUUGGAUGUAUUUUCCAUUUCCAUUGCAUUUUUAUGGCUUAUUGUGUGUUUUUCUGUCA